AUGGAGGACGAACGCCAGGAAGAAUUGGACUGCAUAGCAGCCAUAUUUCCCGAAAUUCUCGUGGACCCCAAUAAUCCUUUCUCUGUCUCUAUGGAAGUACCUGUCCAUCCAACUUCUCCUGUCAAGGUCCUCUUCCCAGCAUCCUCUGACGGUCUUAUUCCUACCCCGCCACUCUCCACGCAUUCCGGCCACGAAGGCAAAACCGGUCCAGUCCCCACGAACGCUGUCGAGUCGCAAAAUCUAUCUUAUUUACCAUCUCUUCAACUUCUAAUAACUCUGCCAGAAGAGUACCCCGAGAAAAAGGCGCCUGUCUUCGAACUCGCUACAACCCCAGCAUGGCUGUCGCGCAAACACCUCGACGAGCUACAAGCUAAGGGAGAGGAGAUGUGGGAGGAAGCAGGUCGUAGCUCUGUGGUCUAUGGAUACAUUGAUUUCCUGCAGCAAGAAGCUGAAAAUGCUUUUGGAUUUGCCGCAGGCCGGAACUUAGAAGUCCCUCAAGACUUCAAGAUCUCGCUCUUGGAUCACGAUAUCAAGGCUACGCAGGCGGCUUUCGAGAAGGAAACUUUUGACUGCGGUGUCUGUCUUGAUCCCAAGAAAGGUACCGUUUGUCACCGAAUGAUCGAUUGUGGCCAUGUCUUCUGCGUUCAAUGUCUACAGGACUUUUACAACAAUGCUAUCACGGAGGGGAACCUGGCUGCAGUGCAAUGUUUAACACCGGGAUGCGCGAAGAAGCGUGGAGAUGAGCAGGUCGCGAAAGGCAGAAAGGCCAAGACGCAACUCAGUCCUAGCGAAUUGAUACAGAUUCCGCUGGAACAGGAUGUGGUUUCUCGAUACGUCAAGUUGAAGCACAAGGCAGAAUUGGAAUCGGACAAGAAUACGGUCUACUGCCCGCGAAAAUGGUGUCAAGGCGCUGCACGAUCGAAGAAGCACCGAAAACCAAUUGGAUUCGAGGAAACGGAGAGCGACAACGAAGAAGAAGACGAAGGAACAUCAAAAGGCUAUGUUGCAGGGGCUGACCGUCUUUGCAUUUGUGAAGACUGUUCAUUUGCCUUUUGUAGUCGAUGUUACCAAGGCUGGCAUGGGGAGUUAACAACUUGCAUGCCGAGAAAAGAUAAUGGAGAACUCACCGAGGAAGAUAAGGCCUCGCUGGAGUACAUGAAUCUCCAUUCUACGCCAUGUCCGACAUGCUCUGCGCGAGCUCAGAAGACCCACGGCUGCAACCAUAUGAUUUGCUUUAAAUGUCAUAGCCAUUUCUGCUAUCUCUGCUCGGCAUGGCUUCCACCAGCUAAUCCAUACAAUCACUACAACAACAGAUCUUCCUCAUGUUAUUACCGACUCUGGGAACUUGAAGAGGGUGACGGAGAUGAUUUUGAGCAUGGUGGAGGACGGCCAGUGGAGCUUCACGAGGACGAAGAAGAAGAAUUGGAGAUUGAGCCAGAACCUGUUGUUGAAGUUCAGAUCCCGGAGAUUGUCGAGCCUGACGAGCCACGAGAAGUCCUUGAGCCACUUCAACGAGAAGGCCCGCUUGUUCUACGAAUCAACCACGUCCCAGCUCCACCGCCACCUCCUGCUCCAGAGGUACCUGUGCGAGCGGCCCCGAACCGAGGAGCUCGACGAGAGCGAGUACCAGGUAAUCCCCCCAAUCAACGACGAGUCGCGCGCCAAAGAAAUGUGGUAGCAGGUGCUCGACGUCUUGGAGAGGCCGAGGAACGAGAGGCGGCUGAGGAGAGAAGAGCGGAGCAAGCACAGCAAGCCUGGGUCCAAAUGUUCGUUCAGAUGGCUAUGAAUGAUGAAGAGGAUCAGUUGGAAAGUGACGAUGAGGAAGAUCCCGCUGCUUGGGAAAUUCCUGUGCGGUGA